AUGGCCUCAUCCUCCUUGCCCUCUAAUGUGCACGUCUCAUCUCAUCCAUGCCUCCAAGCUAAGCUCUCCCAGCUGCGCUCGCAGGCCACCAACGCGCGGGAGACAAAGUCGCUGAUCCAUGAGAUCGCAACCAUUCUGAGCUGCGAAGCUCUGGCUGUGGCCCUGCAGCCUCAGCAGGCCGGCAAAGACAAAUCCCCGCUAGGAUUCGAAUAUGACACAACCACCAUAUCGCCCUCCCACAUCAGCCUCGUGCCGAUCCUGCGCUCCGGCCUCAGCAUGACCGACGCCGUGCUCUCCGUCCUGCCCGACCCAAUCCCCGUCCACCAUUUGGGCCUCUACCGCGAGAAGACCACCCUACAGCCUGUCGAAUACUAUAACAACCUCCCCUACCACCGCCCACCCCCAACCACAACCCCCGAUCCCUCCGAACCCUCAACCUCGACCCCGCCCUCCCUCGCCAUAAUAGUCGAUCCGGUAAUCGCGACCGGCGCAACCGCCUGCGCGGCCAUCGACACGCUGAAGGACUGGGGCGUCGGCCGCAUCGUGAUGUUGUGCGUCAUUGGCAGCGAUGGCGGGCUCAAGAAGGCGGCGGGGGAGUGGCAAGAAGGGGUUGAGAUCUGGGUUGGGGGUGUGGACGAGGAGUUGACAGAUAAGGGGAUGUUGAGGCCGGGGUUGGGGGAUGUGGGGGACAGGUUGUUUUUAACUAUGGGGAAGUAG